AUGGGUUGGUGGUGGAGCUCCGCCCCUAAAGAGGGCCAGUCUUCCACGCCUGCUGCCUCCAGUUCUCCUGCCUCACAACCCCCUCAAGAGACCACCUCCGCACCUUCACAACCACCGCAACCCCGGACUCUCACCCGCGAGGAGCAGGCCGACGCAGAAUGGAAGACCCUGAUCGCCAGCCUGGAGAGCGAUAUCAGUGGUCAAAAGCAGCAGCAGCAGACACCAUCCGCUGGUAAUUCCACAGCAUCCGAUUCCGCAUCAUCACCAUCCAACUCCGCCGAUCCUCAAGCACCUCCCUCGUCCAUUGCCCCCGAAUCCCUAUACGAUGAUACCAUGUCCUGUCGCUCCGCAUUCGACUAUGCCUUCUUCUGCCAGUCCUUCGGAGGCCAGUUUGUCAACGUCUACCGCUAUGGUGAACUGCGGUCCUGCAGCGAACACUGGGACAACUUCUGGAUGUGCAUGAAGACCCGCACGUUACCGGAUCAGCAGCGCCGGAAGGCAAUCCGCGAUCACAACCGGAAGAAAGCCAUCAAGUACAAGACAGGCCCCAGCAGCGAAGACGUGUGGGACGUGCGGACAGAGCCGGUGCAGAAUGCGUUCUCCGGGGAUUUCGCGGCCCUGGAACGGGAAAUGCAGGCAGAG